AUGUUAGGGUCUCUCUAUUAUUCACUAUCCCUUUAUCUUUUUUUUGCCCGCAGUCUCUUUUUGUUUCUUACUGUCUCUCUCUCCGCACGUUUCUCUCUCCCACUUUCGCAUUCUCUCUUUCUAGAAUUAUAUUUCUGGCUGUCUCUUCUCGGUCCAUAUGGGUUUUGUGCUCUCUUUCUCUAUUUCUUAUUCACUAAGAUACAUUCUCUCUUCUUUUUCUCUCUCAUUCUCUUUUUUCUUUCAGUUUUUCCUAUUCAAUCUCUCUUUAUCAUUCUCACUUUAAAUCUCUCUCUAUCUAUCUCUCUUAAUUGUUCUCUCUCUCUUUCCCACACCGUUUUUUCUGAAAAUCAUCUUCAGAUUAUCUAUCUUUUCUCUCUUUCUCUUUAUCUCUCUCUCUCUCUCUCUCUCGUACAGACAUUCUUUUGUUUUCUAUCCCUCGCUUUCUCACGUUUUCUCAUUCUCUAUCUCUCUCUUGUUCUAUCUCACUCUCUUUUUCUCUUACGCUGUCAUUUCCUUCUCCUUUUCCUUCAUUCUACAUAUUCUUCUCUCCCCCUCUCUCUGUUUCUUUUUAUCUAUCUUCUCCCUCUCUAA